UGUGUGUGUGUUGGUGUGAAACAGGGCCAUGAACAAGAAUACCUCCCUUUACCCCACACUAAUGUGUGUGUGUGUACAUUUAUGACAUUGAAAUUUACACACAUAUACAUACACAGCCAUAUAUAUAUAUAGUCAUGUCAUAUAUAAAUAUAGAAUGGGAAAACCACAUUAUUGUUCUGGAAACUCAAACAAACAAACUGGCGUCUCUGCCCACGCCACUUAAAUCCUUUUUUUUUUUUGUCUCUUUCGGUUUUCUAACAACCGGCUAGAUCUUCACCUUCUGUUGUUCAAAAGGCAUUUGUCAGUUCAAGUACUCCGUCAUCACUUUCUGUUAUUAGCUCUGCCACCACAAGCUCAUAACACCCCACACCUAAGCUCUCUGUUCGGCGUAUACUCUUCUGCUACGCUACGGCUUCUCUGUGCCAUGUUAAUCUAGUUUUUUUUCCUGAGAAGCAGGAACCUGGGCAGUGCUCUGCUCAAACUACCGUUAGCAACUUUCCCUUUUCUUCUUCACCCAUUUUGUCUUCUCAGAGCGCUGCUUUGCACAGCUGUUGGGUAGAAAAUGAUUGUGUGGGCCUGUAUUCACUACACAUGAUGGGGAACCAUGGCCCUCUCUCUGCUAGAUCUGCUUGAUUAUUCUCCUUCUUCUUCUUCUCUUCUUCUUCUUCUCUUCUUCUCCUUCUCUUCUUCUUCUUCUUCUUCUUCUUCUUCUUCUUCUUCUAUCCGGCUAACAGGGGUAGACAUGUUGUUGACCACUUCUGCACAGUUUGCACACUUCCUCCUCUCCCUCCUUCCUCCCCUACCUCUCACCGUUGCUCUCUAUCUUUUUCUCUAUCCAGGAGAGAUGGGGCAUGUGUAUAUGAAAUAUGUGUGUGUGUGUGUGUGUGUUCUUUCUUAUUUAGGCUGUUGAAUCUCAAAGACAGGCUACAAUCAUGUAGAGUGCGCUGAGGCCAUGAAACAUUCGUUUCGAGCAUUUCAAAGUUAGAUGUUCUUCUGUGCGAAACUGAUCUGAUCGCCCAUAUCCAUAUCACAUGUAUUACACCUCUUACAGAGAAUAUUACGAAAUUCUGAUGUCCUUUUUCUGAAUGUAGUAAUCAUUUUGUUUUAGAUAUCUUGUUAUUUUCUUACUGACGCGUACAUUUUGACUUUUUACCGUUGACUGAAAUGAACAGGAAAAUUGUUUGUCGGAAACUUACGAUCUUUUCGGAAGCCGCUGAUACGUUUGGAGAGGGGGCGCGUAGGCGAGUUGGAGGGGGGAGGUUUGAAGCCAAUCGUCAUUCUCCCUUCAUCUGCAAACACCUUUUCACAAAGCAGGAAGGUACAGCCAGAGAGAGUGAAAGAAGUAGUGUUGCCCCCCCCCCCACCCCCCUACCUCAAUCGAGAGAGAGCCGCAAGAGGUCUAGGUGGUCUAGGAGGUCUAGGAGGAGGUUUGAGAGAGGAGAUCACGAGCAUUGGUGAAUGCCAGCAGCUUCUCCUAAACAUCAGAGAGAGCGGGCGAGUGAGCGAGCGAGCGAGGGAGCCAAGCUGAUAGGUACAAUAGGUAGAGGUAGGAGAAGAAAGAAGAGAGCGAGCAAGCGAGUGAAGAACACGGAUGCCAUGACGCACACUCUACCUCGGCUCCCGAUGAGCGCCCAGCACUGUACCAUGAGGCAUACAACGGUGGCGAUGUCUCCAGGAGAGGACGGCCUGAUUGGGAUCCCGUUCCCGGAGCACAGCAGCGAUCUGCUCUCACGGCUGAAUGCCCAGCGCCGGGCGGGGCUCCUGUGUGACCUCACGCUGACCUCGCGCGGCUUGCGCUACCCCACCCACCGCUCUGUCAUGGCUGCCGUCAGCCUCUACUUCCGCCGGCUGUUUGGCGCUGAGGAUGAGGAUGAAGGGGGCUGUGAGGGCGCGGGAGUGGGCAACAGCUGCAGUGUCUGCCAGCUGGACUGUGUGGCACCGGACGCCCUGGACGCCCUGCUGGAGUUCGCCUACACGGCCACGCUGACCAUCCGCAGCUCAGGCAUGCGCGAGGUGCUGAAGGGCGCCCAGCUACUGGGCAUCCAAUGCGUGGCCGACGCCUGCCGAGACAUCCUCGGCGAGGCAGCAGAUGAGGCGGAGCCAGAGGCUGCCGCCGUAGCGACGGAGGAGAGAGAGGCAGUGGAUUGUUCGGAGCCUAGAGUGUCGCGCCGCAAGCGGGACCGGCGACACGCUCCAAAAGCCCCGUCCCCUGCCAGGCCCCUGUGGAGGCAAGUGCAGGAACCACCCCCCACCCUGGUCUCGGGGCUCCCGCGCCCCAGCCACGGGCUCUCGCUCGCCCCCACGCCUGGGAGGGACGAGCACCAGCUGCACCACCCACACCCCGCUGGCUACAACGGCGAUGCCCAGGGCGGGCAGCGGAGGCCGCUGGUCAACGGAGGGGCCCACUGGCACCAGGAGGGCACGCUGGUGCCGCCUGCCGCCGACGAUGCCAUCUCAGACGACGAGAGGAGGCUAAAGGUGGGCGUGGCCACGCAGGCACCGCCUCCCAUCACUGAAAGGGCCGCUACAGCGGGAGGGGCGGGGCCUGGGGGCAGGAAGAGGAAGUCGCAGACCCCCCAGCAGUGCCCCGUUUGCCAGAAGAUCAUCCACGGGGCGGGCAAACUGCCCCGCCACAUGAGAACACACACGGGCGAGAAACCCUUCCAGUGCAUAGCCUGUGGAGUGCGCUUCACCAGGAAUGACAAGCUGAAGAUUCACAUGCGUAAGCACACGGGGGAGAGGCCCUACCCCUGUCCCAAAUGUAAUGCCCGCUUCCUGCACUCCUACGACCUCAAGAACCACCUCUCCCUGCAUAGUGGAGCGCGCCCCUUCGAGUGCCCGCUGUGCCACAAGGCCUUCGCUCGCGAGGACCACCUGCAGCGCCACCGCAAGGGCCACAGCUGCCUGGAGCUGCGCACGCGACGCCCACGCCGGGCGUCUGGGCUGACCGGGGCCGAGGGCACGUCGGACGGUGGAGGGGCCGGCGGAGGCCAGCAGGAGCAUCUGGAGGCCCCGCUCUCCCUGCAGGGUCACCCAGGCUCGUCCCCAGGCUUGGCUCCUCCGCUGGUGUACCAUCACCAGGACCCAGACGGCCCACAGCAUCUCCCCCUGCAGGCGCUGCCCCUGCUGGGGCACAGGAUGCCCUUUACUGGCCUGUGGAGGGGGGUGGAGGGCCACUCCGCUGGGUUGGAGGAGGAAGGGGCGGGGGGGUCACCUUCAGCACAUCCCAGCAGACCCCCACCGCAGGGAAGGGAUGAAGAUGAGGAGGAAGAGGAAGAGGAGGGCGAGGAUGAAGGAGAAGAGGAAGAGGAGGAUGAAGAAGAUUAAAGAAGGAGGGCAGAUUGGGAAUUGAUUGUGUGUGUGUGUGUGUGUGUGUCUGCACGGGAAUCCGUGCUACUCUUCUUCGCCCUCUUCAUAUUCAUGGUACUGUUCUUCCAUAGAGCUCUCCUCGACUCAGGCAAACUGACCUGUGAGAUGAAUGACUUCAUUACAAAGCGCUUAAAGUAAAUGUGGAAAAAACGGGUCUUUCUGAUAAUCAAUGUUUCUUUCUGGAUCUUGGAUGCUUUAUUUUUGUUUCUUGAGCUCGUAUUUUGUUUUACGUUAGCUGGUUGGUCUUCUUUACAUGUUUAAUUUUAACUUGCUAUAUGUCAGAAUUAUUUUUGUUAAUAUAUGCUUGAGGCAUGGGGUAUGGUUGAUUCCUAUUACUAUGCAAUCAUGUACUGGAGCAAUGGAAGGAACUGUAAAGAGGGACUCACUUAAAGUAAAAGCCUUUUGUAAUGCCCACCAGAGUAGCAGCUGACAGCAUAACCCAUGUGUUGGCUGCCACCUACUGGUUAAGUGAUGGUACUAUGACUUGCAGGUGCAGUAACCAUAGCAUCUUUUUCAGGCUCUCCAGUAAUGUAUGUAAACCCUUUUUACAGGACAGAAGGUCACUCAUAAUGCACAUCUUCUGCUUACAAUGGGAUUAACUUCUAGAGUUUUUAUUUACAUAUUCAUAUUAGUCUUUAUGUAGGCUAACAUGUGUUGUAGCCUCACGUACCAAAGAUUCCAUUUAAGUAGAGGUUUAUUUAUCAAGAUGAAUAUAUGCAAUUGAAUUCUUGAAUGAUCAAACAUGAUCAAGAUUUUCUGAAAUCACCACAUUCAGUCACCUGCUCAAGGUCUGUCUCUGCGUCCCCUGGCUUUCAAGGGAUGUGAUGGUUGUCUGUGAGUCCUAAUGAAGCUGGGGUUUCUGAUACAGACCAGAGUCUUUUUCUGAAAUCAACCCCCUUUCUGAGGCUUAUUUAAAUAUGUACGACCAAAAUUAAUUUCUGGGUGGGAGGUCCUAGAAGCAUUUUUUGUUUACCUUUCGACUUGACAAAGAAGUUUGUUUUUUGAGCAGUCUUCAUAUGAUGACAGUCUUCCAAAGUACUCCAUCUUUUGUUUUGCUUUUGUAAUAAAAAAAAGAAGGGAGAGAGGAAAAAAAACGAGGAAUGGGAAAAAAAAGACAAAUAAUUAUGUGAGUACCCUCUGCGUAGGCUAUUUAUUUAUUUAUUGUCUGGUAUUUAUUGUGGCUUUUCCACUUGAAAUUUAGAGUUUGGUAGCAUAUAGUAUGUUCGCUCACCAUCCACCUUUAGGCCUUUUCCCCAUCUCGAAUGCACAGACCCUCAGGCACGUGCCUAGGAGCCCUUUUGAAACCAGUCUUAAGUUGUUGAAGUGCUGUUGCAAGCAGUGGCCACAAAGGCCUAUGCCUACUGUACUAAGGGGCUAUGGGUGACCUGAUAGCCAUACCCCCCCCCACCCGCGCCCCACCCACCCUUUUUGCAGUUUUUUGCACAUCGAACCCUUGUGAUUAUACUGCAUUCCACUUUCAGGCAGUAGCUGAUGCUGAAGUGGACGUAGCCCAACUCCACCCCAGAGACAGCUGCUGCCUGGCCCCAACCCCACAUCUGGGGGUAGAAAAGCAAAAGAUGGUGAAAGAAAUGGGACACGGGUUUCGAGAGAACAACAGUUUUGCCUUUUUGAAUAAAGAGUGGACAUAGUGUUGUAUGGAUUAUUAUCUUAAGAAAAUAAGAUAGAUAUAUAUAUAUACAAAAACAUAUAUGCCUCAUGAGUCCAACUUUUGAAAAUUAUGAAUGAAGAUGUGUUCCUUCUUCACAUAUAGAUUCUGGUACUGUCUGACUGCAGUUUUGUUUGUUUGUUUUUGUUUGUUUAUAUGGUACAUUCUCUCGAGUGAAAGCCUUUACUAUGACUGUUAACUUCAGGUGUCUCUUUGGCCCCAAAUGAUGAAAGUAACCAUGAUUGACAGUGACGUACACGUUAUUCUGAGUGUGCUGGGUUUCACUGGGCUAUGGAUGAAAAACACGCAUCAACAAAUAUCCAUCCAGUUUUGUUUGUUAAAGAUGAAAAGGAGCUGGGUUUGACCUGCGUGCAGGGAGGUGUCCACAGCAGACCUGAGUGAGCCUUGGACCUGUGGCCAGUCCCACUCAGACCUCACCCAUCCUGCUGAGAGGGACUCUCUGACGUUUGAGUUUAUUUGCACUAAAACGAGAGCUUUAUGUCGUGGACAUCAUGUCCCCCAAAUAUCUAUUCCAUAGCUUUACAAUAUCGGUUAUGAUUGUAAGAGGAGAUGUGUUUAUCUACCUUUAAUGAUCUAGAGGAAUAUCCAUUAUUUCCAAAGCAUAGAUGUACAGUAGGCUAGGCCACUUUAAAGAAAUAUAUGGUUGCUAUGUUAAAAAGGGUCAAGCUGCCUUGGUUGUUUUUUUGUUUUGUUUUUUUUUUGCAAAUUUUACUCAGGAAAUCUUGAGCAAUGCACUAAGUGAUUAUGCAAAAUUGAUGAGAGUAUAUGUAAAUAAGUGAGAACAUAUGAGCACCCUUCAUUGCAAAACUCUGGAUUGUUUGAAUUUAACAUGAUCUAUUUCACUUCAAGUUAAUGAAGAUGUAACCGGCUAUACAACUAGAACCUGUGGGUUAAUGUUAUAGACAUUGGAGGCUAGGUCACUAUGAAGGGUGCUCUUAUGUAGGCUACUUUUAUGUUGUGUGUGAGAGGACGAGUGAUCUUACGAUGCCAGCUGUGAAAAAGUAGGUGCUGUCUGUAUAGAAUUUGCUUUGGCUUGGGUAUGCGGAUUGGGGUUCAGAUUUUGGAGGAACCCUCCUAUCAGGGAUUUUCUGUUUUAGUGGAUUCUCUCUCAGUGAUAAAUAUUUUCCCCUCAGCAUUUAUUUCUCAUGUUGUAAAGAAACGCAUAAAUAAAAAAAAUACAUAUAUAA